AUACAGCGAAUCGAUCACGUUUCGCUAUGCUGCCAUCUUACAUUUGAAAACGAGUCACAAUUGAACUCGAGGUAAAAGUAGCAUAUAGCAACAAAAUGGCGGAAUUCAACGAGAAAGAAAUUGGAAAAUUUUUGGAGAAAGUAGAUCAAGUUGAAUCAUUGAUCAAGGAUUUAGCAUCUGGCGACUCAAAUCUAGAGCAGCAGGCUGCAAAAGAGGCAGAUAAAUUUCUUGGGAAACACAAAAAUGUUAAAACGUCAACUACAGAUGGCUUUGAAAAGACUCAUAUCACUAAAUAUCAAGAAGAAUCUUUGUCAAAACUAGAUCAUGAUGGCUUAAAGUUUGAUAAAGAAUCAGUCUCACCUGAGGAAUUUAUGAAGAGAGUUGAAAAGGAUGCAGCUGAAAGAAGGAAUAGAAAGGAGGAGGAUAAUAAAAGAGCAAAUGAACUGAAAGAAAGAGGGAAUAAAGCGUUUAAAGGAAAGGAAUACACCGAUGCUGUGAAGUACUACACAGAGGCGAUUGCAAUUGUGAAAGAUAAUGCAGUUUUCUAUACGAACAGAGCUCAAGCGUAUAUUCACAUUGGAAAUCACGAGUUGGCCCUAGAUGAUUGUCGUGUGGCGCAGAAGAUUGAUUCGAAAUGCGUUAAAGCUUAUAUACACCAGGGAAGAGCACUACAAAAUCUUGAAAAAUUUGACGAGGCGAUCAAAAGCUUCGAGCAUGCUACUAAAAUUGAUAAGAAAUACGCUAAACUGGUUCGAGAUUACAUAGAAGAGGUAGAGAAAAGGCGAGAAAUAUCUAACAAUGAACAGAAAAGCGAGAAUUUAAAAAUUUCGGGCGAUGAUCGUGCUCAGAUAAUGACAGACACUGUCAGCCGGUUAAGAAAAGGAGGCCUUUCUAUUUCCGAUCUCUGUAAGAAACUAGAAGAGCUGAAAAAGAUUUGCGACGAAGAAGUAUACCGAACUUUGUUUCGUACUUGUGGAGGAUUCAAGAUCGUUGCGGAGAAUCCAACAAUAAGCAAGCUUUUAAAGAGCACAAGUGAAUUCAAAGAGGAAGAGCAAUCCUGUGUAUUCGAGAUACUGAAUUUGCUUUCUCAUGUCUGCAUUGACAAUGCUGAAAACACUGAAGAACUUUUAAGCCCUUCAUUCCAUUCAUACUUGCAAAAGUUCAUCAAACCAAACUUGCCUUCAAGAAUUCGGGCUGCUACUGUGUGCUUGAGUCACAAUAUUUCCCAGCUUGCAGUUGGAAGAGAGUUUGUUUUGCAAGGAGGAGAGAGCAUGUGUAUUCUAGAUGAGUUGCUUUCAAUAUUAACUGCGAACGAUGAAACGUCCAUGGUCGCAAUUGGUGCAAUCAACAAUUUGGCCCUCUGUGAUAAGCUACCAGCGGAGAUGUCGGCGAAAAUCUGUGAAAAAUUUUCCAACUUUGUCGUGACAAUGAUGGGAAUUCUCAGUAGCAUGCCGAAUGAAUCACAGAAGCCACUGUCUGAUUCUCUUUUGUCUUUGGUAUCCAAGGGUAUUUCCACAAUCACUAACUUGUCAAAGGACAUGAUAACUCGAAGGAAACUUGCGAUGAACAAAGAUUUAUGGCAGAAAAGUGGCGAAUUUCUCGUAUCAUGUGAAGAACAUCUAGAUGACGAUGAAAGACGUGAUGUGAUAUUUUCACUGCUUGGCUUGAUAAUGAAUAUCAGCCUUGCUGAUCAGACCCUCAGCCUUGAAGAAACAAAACAGAUUAAUGACUGCUGCUGUCGUCUUCUCACUAGCCAGCAUUCCGAGAUCGUUCAGAGAUCUGCAGGGGUAAUAAACCGAUUAUCGACAUCAUGUUCAGAUUUGGUUCAUCAUAAUUUGAAGUAUUCUUAUUACAAAAGUUUUGUUACAGUACUAAAGGGAGAAAAUGUAGAUGCAAAGAAUUACAUUAUCAAAUGCAUUGCUCUCUGCUCACCUUACCAAUCCGAUUUAGCCUCAAGCUUUUUGGAUGAUAAAGCUCUUGAAAACCUUAUUGAACUUCUCAACUCCGACGCAGAAACAGCCUGCGGAAAUGCAGCUCUUACCCUGGGCAACUUGGCAAGUGAUCCAAAUGUAUCCGUAAAAUUAGCAUCAACUGAUGUUAUCCAAGACCUUCUGAGGGUUGCUACAAAGGAUAGCUAUGCAAAUACGGUUAGGCACAACGCUGCUAUUGCUAUAGGAAAACUGGCCACUUCACAUCACAGACAUCUUGAAAGGCUAAGAGAGCUGCACGGGCUAGAAAUUUUACAUGAAGUACUGAAAGCAAACAAGCUGACGUAAAAUGUCCAAGACUAUGUUCAAUAUGCAGUUCUCCUUCUUGAACGUCGUAUAUCCCGAGUGUCCAAAGAUAAUGUUAAGCUCUAUGUAGCAAGGGGAUGGAGCAUUCUUAAACAUUCAGACGGCAAAUGAUGUCCAUGAUUGGUCAUUGCAAUGCAACAUACUCAGUGGAAGUGUAUAUAAUGUAUGUAUUGUAUUAAAGCUCGUUUUCGAAGACGAGAGUUAAGGGGGAUAGACGCUGCUGUGGAAUGCGUGGUCAAAAUCCUCAGCAACGGUUUUGUUCUUUGAUAAUCAUUCGUUGGUGGCAAUAAAUGGAGAAUUCAGUAUUCGCUGACACGCAAGAACUUUUUCCGUAGCUUCAACAUGGGAGAUCUUAAAAAAUUAUACUGCACACAAUUUUAAAGUCUUUUAAUUUCUUGGAAGUAAUUCCAUAAAUCAACUGCCGUUAUGAUUAGAAGAUUUCAGGAUUUCAAAAGCAAGUGUUAUGGACGAUUUUUCAUCUCUGUAAGUAGCCUGUAAAUUGACAGUGUUUUAGGUAGUUUUUAGUAAAUGCAAUAAAAUCGGUUUUUCCUGCAAGUUUUUCGAUUAAUGUUGAGAUAUGCAAGAAAAUCUUUCAUUUUGCUCCUAAAUUAAGUUGUUUACAGAUCAGAAAAUCAAAAAUGUUAGAUGAAAAAGACAGAGAUUGAUAUUUCUGGUUGGCUAUGACAACUCCUUAUCGUGCAACCUCAGCGGGGUUAAAACGAAGCGAACGAAGCGUGUAAAUGCAAUAAAAUCGGUUUUUGCUGCAAGUUUUUCGAUUAGUGUUGAGAUAUGCAAGAAAAUCUUUCAUUUUGAUCCUAAAUUAAGUUGUUUACAGAUCAGAAGAUCAAUAGUGCUAGGUGAAAAAGACAGAGAUUGGUAUUCCUGGUUGGCUAUGACAACUCCUUAUCGUGCAACCUGAGCGGGGUUAAAACGAAGCGAUUUCGUUAAUGAAGCAUGAUACUAGCUGAUGCUUCAAUGCAGCAUUGAUCAACUUCUUUUUCGUGGAUUUAUACUUAAAACAACUUACAACAAAUACCAAUAAUGUUUGUGGGUUGUUAUGUUUCCAAGGAGAGAAAUCUUGAAUUACUGUCCAGGAUCAAUAAAAAAGCCCAAAAACGAUGACUCUCAUCCUUUGAGAAAAAGCAAACAUGUUCUUUCAGUAGUUAAACAUCUGCCUUGCGAUUAUUGAAUUUAUAUGUUACUCUGAAUCUGUGUAUAUUAACUAUUGUAAAAAUGAUCAGCAAAUAAUCUAUACAAUAUCAUAAUGGUGUUUUAAUUAAGGUAUGUAUUGCUGUUUUAGGUGAUCUCCAAAUGCA